AUGAUCUUCAGCUUGAUUGGCACAAAACAACCACCAACAUCACAGAACCGGUAUUCUGACUUUAUGUCCCUUGCCCAAGAGAUCAAUGCCAACUCCAUGUUUAUGGAUGUGCAUACUUCUGGGCUACCGCAAAAGCCUUGGCAGCUGCCCAAUAGUCGAUGCGAAUUCUCGGAUAUGACCGUGUCAACGAAAGCGACACGAUGGAGAACACCGAAGCAGUGA